AUGAGUUUUGACAAGCCUCUAUACGGGGGUCAGGGCAAAUCCCGUUUCCAGUCUUUUCGCAGCCCAAACCAAUCGACGUCGGAUAUCCAGCUCGCUCUGGCAGGUCUUUCAGGAGCAGAGGAUGAGGAUGAUCCGAGGCGGGCAGUGAAACACUUUCCGCACCGGUCGCAAGACUCGGGGGAGGACGAGAAGAAAUAUCAGUCCGACAACGAGCGGCGACAGCGCAAGUCGUCACGCCGGGAUGACGAUCGCAAAGGCCAUCUGGACGUGAUGCUUCGGGCGACUGAGCAAUUCCUGGCUCAGGGAGACAUCGCGAAAGCUGCCAAAGCCUUUGCAAUCGUCCUCCAGCUGCGGCCUCGGGCUCAGCCCAUCGACAUUCGCCUGCACAAUCUCUGGUCCAUCGGGUCGGAGAUCCUCAUGCGGCAGCGCGAGCAGCUGCAAGAGAUGGACCGACAUCACACAGAGCUGUCGUCCUUCCAGAGCAGAUCUGCCCGCGGUGACAGCAAUGGAAGACGAGUGGCCGCACCUCGCUGGGGCUCUUCUGCCAACCUGAGUGAGAUCAGGUCCUACUACGAGAUAUUGAUCCGUCAGUUUGCAUACGAUCAAAAGCAACCAAACAAACCGUCGGCACUCGACUUUUGGCUGGCUUUGCUGAGCUGUGAGCUCAGCACCAUCUACGCUGAGCAUCUACGAAGCAUUGCUCGACUGGAGGCUGAUAUAAGGCUCCAGAAUGCGGACUCGGCGCCUGAGGACAUUAUUACCAUGCCAACGUCGCCAGAUACAGUUGAACAUCUCGCCAGACGGCCCUGCUACGAAGUUGCAGACCCCGGGCCGCAGUACGAAACAAAGGAAGACUGGACCAGAGCUGCGAGGAAAGAUGCCAUCUCUCAGCGCACACUUACUCGGCUCCGGGAUGUCAACCAAAGAAUGGAGAAGCUCAUGGAUCAGCCGCCUUAUUCCCACAACGAGCACUUCUUGCGUCUUAGGGAGAUCACAUCGCUUCUAUCAAAAGACCUCACUUCAUCAGAUCCGAGCAAUUCGAGGUUAUACGUGGCAACCUGA